AUGAAGGCUUUAGGGGCACCAGUUGAGCCUCCGAUACUGUCUAGCUGCCAUGCUGCAGUGGACGCUGUGACUAAACAAGAAGUUAGUUGCUGCCCACCUUAUAGCAUGGCUGAAACAGUGGAUUUUGUGCCUCCACCCCUGGACGAGCCUCUGCGUGUGAGGCGACCAGCACACAAACUUGACAAAGAGUAUGUGGCCAAGUUCAAGGAGGGGAUUGCAAAAAUGAAAGCCCUAGCUGCUGAUGAUCCCUGGAACUUCAUGCAGCAGGCUGCGGUUCACUGUGCUGACUGUGAUGAUGCUUAUGAACAAGUGGGGUUCAACCCUCCAGUCCCCUUACAAAUCCAUGGGAGCUGGCUUUUCCUCCCAUGGCAUCGAUACUACACCUACUUCUAUGAAAGAAUCAUUGGGAACCUCAUUCGUGAUCCAACUCUUGCACUUCCCUACUGGAGCUGGGAUACUCCAGAAGGCAUGAGGAUGCCCAAAAUGCUUUUCAAUGAGUCCGCAAAGAGGCCAGAACUUUUCAUGGGGAAGCCCCUUGUUGCUGGCGAAGUCGUUCCAUCAAAUGCUUCUGGCAGUCUUGAGACUAUACACAACACUGUGCACAUGUGGACUGGGGCAAGCACAAAACCCUACCGCGACAUGGCAAACUUCUACACAACAGCUCGGGACAUCAUGUUCUUUGGUCACCAUGCUAAUGUAGACAGGAUGUGGGACAUUUACUGUAGUAUUAGGGGUCAUACCCCUGAAUUUAAGCAGAAUGACUGGCUUGAGGCAUCAUUCAUCUUUUAUGAUGAAAACCGGCAAGUUGUCAAGUGCAAGCCAAGAACCCUCACAGAGCCCAUUCAAGUGCUUCCACAGAGACCUAGGACUUCCAGGACCAAGAAAGAGAAAGAUGAAGCAAUAGAAGUACUGGUCAUUGAAGGCAUUAAGGUUCCACAUGGAGCAGCUGCUAGGUUUGAUAUUUAUGUGGCUAAACCUAUGGAGGGUCAAGUAGGUCCAGAUGUGGGAGAACUGGCUGGUAGUUUUGUGAACCUUCCCCAUGCACACCACAAGUUUCAUAUCAAGAAGCCCAAGUCACGCCUUGAGCUUGGAAUAAUAUCAUUGGUGGAAGACAUUGAGUCUGAAUCCUCAGAAAAGUUGGUUGUUAUCAUUUUGCCUCGAAUGGGAGAGGUGACAAUUGGAGGAGUCCAGAUUGUACUUCUAAAGGUUGAUGAUGAGUACUAA